AUGAUUGAUUCAAAAUUCUCAAUCCUGAACCCUCCAACACGGGUUUGUUCUCGACCCUCCACCCCUGGGGCUUCGUUUCUUCAUACAUCUUCAUUGAGUUGUCCCAUCAGAUAUCGCGCAGAACCAAAAGAAGUAAAUAAAAAUCUCACACGAAAUGCUUCAGCUUCAUUCCCACCUUCUUCGGUGAAAAAUUGCAAACUCGGAGAACCAGAACGUGCAUUGAGAUCUAAAACGCCAUUGACACUUUCACUCCCAGAGGAAGAAACAUUUGGUCAACCUAGUAUUGACUUACCUGGCUUGAACAUAGCCCGUGAUUUUGGUUAUGGAUCGGGUGCUGGCUCAAGGACGUCAAGAAUCGAAGAGAGAAGAUCUGUUGCCUUUGUGGAAGAAACCGGAGAUAAUGGUGAGAAAAUCCUUGAGGGUGUGAAUCUUGAUGCUCAUGAACGGCGGAUUGAGAACAGAGGUCUUGGAUCAGAGCCGAUGAGAGAUGAAGCGGAGGUAGCAAAGCAAAGGAGUAUCUCCGAGAUGCUUGAGCGUCGGGAAAAUGACGAGGAAGACAAAUGCAAUAGAUACUUUGGUCGCUUUGCGAAAGUCUUGGGAUAUCUUGCUGUGAAAUGUUCUUGUCUUUAG